CGCAAGUGGCUCGGGCUCCGAACUUCCGAUGGUUCCGUUUGCCUGACCGAGGAAUCGAAAGAGGAGUCGUAGUCGGAAUGGAUGGGGAGGAGGCGGCGGCGAGCUCCAAGGCGGUCGCUCCGGCCACCAUCCGCCUCGUCAACUUCGUUUCCGAGGAGCAGCUCGACGAGGCGAAGCGGUCGAGAGGGGAGCGGGUCGAAGACGGCACCGCCCAGCGCGACAAGCCCCUAUUCCAGAUCCUUCAGGAGAAUAAGGAUAAGAAGGAUGCCGAGUUCAAUGAGCGCUUCAAACACAGACCUCCAAAGGCUUUGGAUGAGGAUGAGACAGAGUUUCUCGACAAAUUAGCUUUGUCAAGGCGAGAGUAUGAACAGCAGGUGGCUAAUGAAGAAGCUGAACAGCUCCGUAGUUUCCACGAGGCUGUAGCUGCCCAGACCAAUCUUGCUCAUGAACUUGACGAGACUCCCACUGUCUCUAGACCUGAGGAGAGCAAGCCUAAGCCACCCACGAAGAGGAGCCAGCCCGCACUCCUUAGAAACAUUAUAGUCUCGGUGAAGCCGCAAGCCAAGAAAGCAAAGGUAGAUGGGGAGAGUAAGCCUAGUCCCAAAGAGUUGUCUUCGAAUGGGCAUGAGGCAGUCCACGAGCCACCCGAUGUCGCCAAGAGCGUGCUCAGCUCUCUGGUGGCAUAUGGCGAUGAAGAUGAAAGUGGUGAUGAGGAUGACGCGCAAUAGUGUCCCAGGACAUCCAGAGUGCUCAAUGUGUGGAUACCACCAGAAUCUCCCUGCAAGGAGAUGCAACGCUGCAACAGCCCGCACGAGGUUCCCUUGGCGAAUUGCGAUAGAGGCCUACACAUCCAUGAAUUUAUUGCAGUGUACGAAUUCUUUUCGAACGGACUAAUUUGAUGUAAACCAAAGACAAUACUGCUAACGGAUGCAUUAGUGCACUAGAAAAUGCUGUAUUUUUUCUGAGCUGCUGUAGUGUCGGUGCAGUGCUGUGUACAAGUUCCAAAGGUUACUAGAAAUUAAGAGAUACUACUCCUCUAUUACCUUUUUGGUUGCUACAUCACCACCCUGUUGUACAUACAAUAAAUCAUACUUCCUCCGUUACAUAA